CCUCUUCGUUCACCACCGUCACAUCCCAUCUGAGAUUAGGGUUUUUUACCCCCCUUGCAAAUCCUCCCGCGACAGCCUCGGAAGUUCCCGAUUCGCGAUCGCAACUAUGAGAGUCGCGGCCAUCGCUUCGUCCGUCGCCGCCCUUCGCUUCCCGACCCGCCACCGCCUCUUCCUCCCCUCCUCGUACCACUCCCACCUCGCCGGUUCGCCGUCCCUCCGCCACGCGCGUCGCCGAACCGGCCGGAGAACGAUGUCGGAGCAGUUCUCGUCGCCGUCUUCUUCUUCGGCACCGAUUGCGUCAUUGGCCAGGCCCGUCGACGGCGACGUCGAAGCCGAGAAGCCGCCGCAGCGGCAUCCCUGGCUCAUCGUCGGUCUCGGGAACCCCGGCAAGAAGUACGGCGGGACUCGCCACAACGUGGGUUUCGAGUUUGUAGACGCGGUAGCCGAAGCCGGAGGGAUACCCAUCAGCAGCGUCUCGUUCAAAGCCCUCUUUGGAAAAGGUUUCAUAGGGAAUGUCCCAGUCAUUCUUGCCAAACCACAAACAUUUAUGAAUGCUAGUGGCGAGUCUGUAGGACCGAUCGUUUCAUAUUAUAAUAUCCCAUUGAAGCAAGUACUGGUGGUUUUUGACGACUUAGAUUUGCCCUUUGCAAAAUUGCGCUUGUUGCCAAAGGGCGGACAUGGUGGACAUAACGGGAUGAGAAGCGUGAUUAGUCAUCUAAAAGGGAGCCGUGAUUUUCCUCGAUUAAGAAUAGGUAUUGGGAGGCCACCUGGUAAAAUGGACCCAGUGAACUUUGUCAUGCGACCAUUCAAUAAACAGGAGCGUGAGGAGUUGGAUUUUACAUUUCAACAAGGUAUAGCGGCUUUGCGGAUCCUUCUGCUGGAAGGAUUUGACAAGAGUGCAACAUUUGUCAACAGCAACAAACCAUUGGAACAACUUAGUUGAAAAGACAUUGAAUUUCUUUUUCCAGUCAGAAGAUACUCUGCUGUAGCUACCGUCGGAGACUUUGCUCUCUAACGACUAUUUAGUCGGGCAGCCAGAAGAGGUUUCUCGGGCAAAAGCUGGUUCAGAUGAAUCGAUGCAACGGAGAACAUCUUCGUUUCUUCGUUGCUUUACUGAUUAUACGUGUCUUGGUUCAUAAUUAAACCAAAACUUACUUUGAUUUUCUUCUUUUCCAAAUCAGAAGUGAAAUCCAAAAAGUUCCUAUAGGCUUUUGCAAGUUUUGCUCGGCUUCCAGAUCUUUCCUUCCUUUUCGGUUGUUGUUUUGGGUCAACCCCAAAGGCCCGAAUCCCCGGCAGGGGCAUAUAUUACAAGGGCAAACUUAGACUGACUUAGACAGUUGUAUGUGGGUGAAUUGAUUCUUCCAUGCUUGAUGA